AUGGACUCAGCCAGCGAGAGAGAUGAGGUGAUGGUGUUGUGGAUGAACUUAAACAGUUUCUGCCACCAGUUUUAUGAUCUUCAGGAUUCUGGUGAGCGCAUACGGAUAUGUGCUCGCAUGGAGGCGAUGAUCCGCCUCCGGCCCCAUCUGGCACACCUCCCAGUAAUCGAGGGCAUGCUGCUCCAGGUAAGGGAGCUUAGAGAGGAGGCCUUGUCUGAGACCUAUUGGUCGGACGAUUCUCCCGGGGACACUACACUCAGGGUAGGGGCGUACUCCCUUACUCCUGAGUCCCAGCCCUUGGGGACCUGCCUGAGCCCAGCUGACGCCCAGGACAUUUCUUUUGAAUUAAAAGCCCAGAUGGCCGAUCCACUCUCCUCUCCCUUCGAAGGAACCCGCAGGAAAACGGUGACGUCCCCUCUGAUGCCAGGGGGUCCGGGUGUGCCGACAACAGUGUCCCCGCCAGAGCCCAAAGCAAUCAGUGUGCCAACGGUGAACCGCUGGCCAGGGCCUUUCCUGCUGUUCCUGUUCCUGCCCCUGAGCGGGUCGGCCAGUGUACUGACGCCGCCCCAGAGGCCGCCCUUUGGCAUGAUCGCCAAAACGUCCCCGCUGAGACCAAGAAACCCAGCUGCUCAUCAGGUCAGUCCUCACUGCUGUGAUAAGGCCACGCCCCCUGAGCACCGCCAUGAGGAGUACCAGGCCCCAGAUGUGAGCCCGGAGCACCAGGCCCCAGAUGUGAGCCCAGAGCACAGCAGCACCCUGCAUGUUCAAUGGAGGAAUGAUCAGCGAGGAGCGUCCUGUAGGCAGCAGUGUGCCACCAAUGCAUCUCCUCGGUUUCUGAAACAGGAAGGUCACAGAGAGCCGCCCUCAUACCACUACAGAAUAUUAGAACAGACAGCAGCUAUCAAAGGUGAGCCUGAUGGUGAUGGGUUUAUAACAUCUCCAUCAACCAAGGAGGCUGAGAUCCACUGUGCUAGAAAUGCAGGGCCUUCUGGAAUUCAGCAAGAAGCCCUGAAAGAGUCACUUGAGGUCAUUCAUUGUGAGCAGGAGUGGCCUGAUGAGCAGCAGCACACUAAACCAAACCGGUGCCCCUGUCAGGACCACAAGGACCUUGAUCCCCCUCAGGUUAAAAUGGAAAAGGCUACAUCAUCCAGUCCUAAGGAAGAAAAUGACAAUGAGUAUGACCUCUCUCUUCAGUCAGAGAGGAGGAGUUAUGCUGAGCCACAUGCUUCCAGCCCCACCUAUGACCAGACUCUGUGCAACACAACACUUCACACAGCAGAGGAAAUGAGAAGAGACGCUGAAGGAGAAGGCUGCCGGCUGUCCAGACCGCCCGGAGUUCCUCAGCACUUCUACUUGGAAAAUCCAGACUGUCAACCACCUCAAAGUGAAUAUGGUGAGGACACAGAGGGUGUGGCGAAUGGACAGUCAGUUGAUAAGGUGCACACACUUACAGGAAUGAGGCAAAAGAAAAGGAAAAACUUCACAUUGCACAGCCUGGAAAAGUUCAGUAUUAGAGUGACUGAAGAUGUAAAUGAUCUCACCAGGGAGAGGAGGCACACUUGUCCCAUUUGUGCGAAAUGUUUUAAAGAGUCAAGCCAUUUGAAGGAUCAUGUGAGAAUCCACACUGGCGAGAAGCCAUACCAGUGUAAGGAGUGUGGUAAGAACUUCAGGCAGAGCGGAGCUUUGACUUUGCACAUGAGAAUCCACACAGGGGAACGACCGUACCAGUGCACAGACUGUGGUCGGCGCUUCAAUCGAAAAGGCGACAUGGAGACUCACAGGGUGACGCAUACAGAGGAAAGACCCCAUCUGUGCCUGGUGUGUGGGAAAAGCUUCAAAAGGAAGAGCAACCUAAACACACAUUUAAAGAUCCAUGCAGAGGACACAGUGAAUUACAAUCAGCCGUUGUGAUAGUUUAAACCAUGGAUGUCAUGGAAAACAAGGCUAGUCAUAGACUGUUGACUGCAGUGUACAGUUCAAACAAUCUGUUUUAUAGGAGACAGAGGCAAACAUUUCUAAACUAAUAGAAACUAUUUUAUUAUCCCAGCAACAAAAACAUACAGGGGAUUUGUUUUUGUGCUUUUAACCUGAUGGGGAGAUGAAUUCACCUCUGCAGAUUUUAACAUAAUAUUACAUUGUAUGAGACAGUGUAAAUGUUAGUUUUGCAAUUUUUGUAGUAGUUAUUAAACUGUAUAUCCAUUUUUACUCACAUCACUUAUGUGUGAGCAUUUCAGUGGCGGAGAAACAUUUAAGAUAAUGAACACCAGUAAAAUGCACAAAAACGAAAAUUAACCAAACUCAAAUGGUCAAGUCAUGUGUAAAACUGCUGCAAGCCAAUUUAAGGAUCAGCAAUAAAGCAACAUUAAAAUUGAAAAUAGCACAGUAAACUGGUUAACAGUGAAAAAGAAAUGACAUGUAAUGUGAAAGUGUUGCUCACGUUUCACAAGACUAAUACUUGAGAGUUCCUAUAGGACAUUUAAAGGGGGACAUGGUGCUUUUGUGAUUUUUUUCCCCCUUACUUGGUGGUGUGGUGUCAGACCACAGGCUGUAUAUAAAUAGGGACGACACGUCCCUACUUCCCUCACUAUGCAAAAGUGAAGCCAAAACAUCGUCAAUAUGGCGGCUGCCAUCUUGGCACUUUGCAACCAGAUUCUGUGCCGUAGCGCCAGAGGAGAUGAAUGAUUUAUCAGACCUUCAAUCCAAUCCCGCUUCAAAUAACGUAUUAAAAAAAACGUACCAGAAAAAUUACUUGUACACAUAUCGUGAUAAUAUCUAGCAAACCACUGACAUGACCUCUGGGAAAAAUUGAUUUGUACUUUUUAGUUUGGCUCAUGUCCCAUCCACUAACAUGGAAGGGGUAUGAUUUGUAUUGCAACCAGCCACUAGGGGGCGAUUGUAGCUUCACUUCUGGGAGCUGCUGUGGCGGCCAUAUUUAUGUAUAGCCAGUGUGUCAGACAUGCACAUUAAAUGUUGGCAGAGUUUGAAAACUUCAGGGGACCACUGAGAAAAAUGCCAGUAAGGGGGAAAAAAAAACUCUGCUCCCCCACCGCUGUGAUUGGCUUGUUUGAGAUUAGCUCUGUACUUCCAUCUCAGAUUCUACUCUUUUUGUUUUAUAGAAUUUAACUUUACUGUCUCGUUUACACUCAGACCUGUUCCCAGAUGCAGUGGGCAGCUGUUUUCAGCAACAAAGCUCUGAUUAAACCCAAUGUACAGCACCUGCUCAGUAGACAAAGUUGGCAAACAGCUGGUGAACAGUGGAGCAUUUAGCAGCUGAAGAGCCACAUACAGUAUUUUCUUGAGGGUUGGAGCAGAACAGAGCUUGGAGAGUGGAAAUGACACUUGUCCCUUAUUUGUGCAGAAACAUCCUUCCAAAUAAAUGCUGUUUCUCCUUAUGCUAAGCAGCUGUUUGCUAAAACGUCAGCCAAAUCAACUUUACAUACUGUAUAUGGUGGUGUUGUGUUUAUAGCUUGUGUUGUCUCAGGUGGCCAAAUCAAUUAAUACAGGUUGGAAUAAAGUUAUAUAAAUAAAG